ACGAAAAGCAUCGGGGCUAAAUCAUUGCUGCCCUUCAUCGCUUUGAUUUUAGGCUUAUUUAUUUUGAUGAAUAGCCUUUCUAUUAUUGAUCAUGUGAAUGCCCAACAAUCAAAACCUAUUAGAAAAGAUGCUGAUCAACCAAAGAGUAAAUUUUCAGAAACUACAGCCGUCUCGGCAGAAGAUGUUAAACAUAACACUGAUGCAACAAAGAUUAGAAACAAAGGAAAAUGUAAACUUGAUGUUGGUAUCACAUGGAGAUCCAAUGUAGAUAGUUCCGUCUAUCAAACACCGAUCAUUACAAAUUUGAUGAAUGUAAAAUCAAAUCAACAUGGAGACAAGAAAUUUGUUGUUGUACCAACAUUUGUUCGCUACAUUCAAGUUUUAAAUGGUGAUAGUGGAGCUGAACACAAGGAAGGUAACAGCCAUUGGCCUUAUGCUCAUAGCCAACUUGCCUCUCACUCUUCAAUUGUUCUUCACGAUAUUGAUGGUGAUAAUAUCAAAGAUAUUGUUGUUACCACAGCAAAUGGUGAAAUUUUGUUUUUCAAUUGGAAAGGUGAAUUACUCAGUGAUAAGACAUUUGCAGUUCCAGGAUUAAUGGUAGAUAAAUUCUGGUAUAAGGGUUUGGAAAAUGAAAAAUUUGAUGUAUCUAUUUCUCUCUCACAAAAGGAAUCUGAAAAGCAUGCUGAGGUUGCUAAGAAUAAGCCAAAGGAUGCUCCUAAAGAAACACCAAAAGAAAAUCCAAGAACUCGUUCCAAGCAAAAGAGAAAAUUACUUCAAGUUGCAAAGGCUCCAACUUCAACAGAAGGAUCAUUGAGCUCAGAAGCAAGAGCAUCUCUUUCAUUAGUUCAACAAAAAGUUCACACUCCUCAAUCUUUGAGACCUUUCAUUGGAGAAAAAAUUGAAUCAGUAGAACACAAACAUUUCUCUCAUCACACUACUGUUAAAAAAGAUGGAAAGGAAUUUAUUACUGUAGAUGCUCACAUCUUAUCUACACCAGUUAUUGCUGAUAUUGAUAAUGAUGGAAAGGAAGAAUUGAUCGCAUCAGUUUCAUAUUUCUAUGAUAGAGAAUAUUAUCAUCAAAAUAUGUUUGAGCUUGACGUUGAUAUUGAUAUGGACAAAUAUGUAGCAGGUGGCAUUGCUGUUUAUGAUUUAUCUACAAGAAAAAUUAAAUGGCAUGCUCACCUUGAUAUGACAACAGAUAAUGUUAAACAAAAGGCUUAUAUCUAUGGUAAUCCAACUGUUGCCGAUAUUGAUGGUGAUGGAUCAUUGGAUGUUAUUGUUGGUACUGGAUUGGGAUGGAUUUAUGCCUAUAACAAUCAAGGAAAAUUAUUGGAUGGAUUCCCAGUUUUGAUGGGUGAAAUUCAAGGACAAGUUAUUGCUGAAGAUAUCAAUCAAGAUGGAUAUAUUGAAAUUUGUGCUGUUGAUUUUAACUCUAACCUUGUUUGUUUCGAUGGUAAGGGUAAGGAAAUUUGGUCUCAAAGACUUUCAGGAUCAGCUGCUCAAGCUCCAACUGUUGGUGAUGUUGAUGGUGAUGGUAAAUUGGAUUUGGUUGUUGGUACAUCAACUGGACAUAUUUGGGCUGUUUCAGGUGAAACUGGUAAAGUUUUACCACACUUCCCGGUUAAGACUGGCUCAUCAAUUUACAGUCCUGCACUCCUUAUUGAUUUGUCAAAUGGAACAAGAUCUGAUAAUUCUCUCGAUAUUGUUUUGCCUUCAUUUGAUGGAUAUUUGUAUAUUGUUAAUGGUAAGAGUGGUUGCGUUGAUAAGGUUGAUAUUGGAGAAAAAUCAUACAGUCAAGUUCUUGCUGAUGAUUUAACUGGAAAUGGAAAACUUGAUCUCCUUGUCAGUACUAUGAACGGUAAUCUUAUCUGUUUGUCUACUGAAUCACCAUACCACCCACUUAAAACAACUGCUUACCAAAUGCAAUUCGAGAAUGGAUUCAAGUAUAGAAACGGAUUGUAUGGUAUUUAUAUCAAAAACAGAGAAUAUAAGGAUAUUGUUGGAUCCAAAUUUGCCAUUGAAUUCGAAAUUAUUGAUAACAGAAAGAAUUCCAAAGAUCAUCUUCCAAUUACCUAUGAUGUUCGUGUUGUUCUUGGUGCCUCUAAAGUUCUUUUCGAACAAAAGUACACUCAACCAGGUUCAUACAGAGUUGAAUUGACUUCUCCUGAAGACAGAUUGCAUAACACUAUGGUUUCUGUUGAAAUGAGAAACGAAUUUAGUCAAUUAUACACUGACCAUAUCACAUUGAGCUUUAACAUUUCAUUCUUCUCCUUCUUCAAAUGGAUGGUUGUUUUACCUUUUAUUGCAACUGUUUGCGCUAUUCUUUAUUCAUUAAGAUCUGAUAACUAAUAUAUUUUACAUAUUUACAGAAUUUCAAUAUUUUACACUAAUCCUCCUUUUUGUUUGGUUGUUCUUGAUUUUGAUUUUGAACAACACGUUUAACAAGGUUAAGAAUCCAGCUAGAAAAUUGAAUUGCUGUAGCGAAGAUUUUAAAUGGUUUCAGAUUUUCACUUUCAACUUCACUUGCUGAUGGUGGUUUGCUUACCAUUGCUAAAACAAUAAACUAAAAAAUUAUUAAAUAUUCAA